GCUAUAACAUUAAACAACUCAUGAAAGUCAAAAACGAUACCGUGUACUAGCAAUUUUUGCAAGCAAACAACCACGCAUGUUUCCCCCUUUUCUCGUUCACAUUUUCCCUCGCUUUCCCGGGAAAAAGAGUUACGAACAACCUUGUCGGGAAUCGGUCCAAAUUACUCUCUCCCUUCCAAACCUUCACUUUUAUUGGGAACCACAGAUUCUUAGGUUUUAAACAACCCCCCCAGUUUCUAUGUUGUCUUUUUUCAUGUUUGUUUCUAAAUGAAGAAAAAUGUUACAUGUUUUAUACAAACCUCAAAUUUCUCACAAAAAGAGAUAACAAAAAACCUCAAAAAUAGAAGUCUUUUGUCUUUUUUUCGGUUUUCUUAGAAUCCUAUAAUAUGGAUAUUUUGUUUGUCUUGAACUUUUGAGGCUCAAGAAUGGCUGAAGGGUCAGCAAAAGUUCGGUUAGUUCGCUGUCCAAAGUGUGGAAAUCUCUUACCAGAGCUCCCUGACUAUUCUGUGUAUCAGUGUGGUGGUUGUGGUGCUGUUCUUCGAGCAAAGAAGAAAGUGACUGUAAAUGGUGGGGUAUUGGAGAAGUCUGGAAUGGGGUGGGAUGAAGAAGGCUUUGAGAAAUUGGAGAGUUUGUCAGAGAAAGAGGGUGGUAGUUUAGGUAAUGCAUCUGAGACGGAGAGGGAGAGCGAAGGGAUUAUAAAUAAUAGGAGAAAAGCAAGAACCUUUGAAGAAACAAAUGUGAAUUUUGUUAAAAGUCCUUUGUUGAAAGCAGAAGAGAAAGAUAUUUUUGAUGCUAAUAGCAACAUAAAUGUGAAGGAACAGCAUGUGGAUUAUCACAGUGGUGCAGAAAAAGAGAAGCCUAUGAAGCAUCCCAUUGAUAAUUGGAUUCGCCGUGAUGAUAAUGACAUGAACAUGAAUAGAUCUGAAUCUGUUAGUUCAAGUAGAGAGAAAGAUAUUCGAGAAAUUUCAGCACAAUUUAAGAGUUCUGCUGGGUUUUUUAGGCCAACAAGGGUGAUGGAUCAAUGGGGUUCGGAUAGAGAGGGUUUAGGGGGAGGGAACCACAGAGUGCCUGUCAAACAGAGCAAAUUUCCAAAUUUUGCUUAUCCGGAGGAGGGCCUUUCAAACUAUCAUUUGGGUUCCUCUUCUUAUGGAUCCAAACAGCCAGUGAAGAAUUAUUACAACCCUGAAAAAAUUACUUAUUUCGAGCAGGAUCGAGCUGAGCUUCUUAGGAGGUUAGAUGAGUUGCAAGAGCAAAUCAGCCGAUCUGGUUCUGUGGGUGAGAAACAAAGGGAAAGGAUUCCUAUGUACAGUGAAAUAGCUCCUCCUGAUCCUUAUCACUGUCAGGAUACUUCCAAUAGUUCGAUGCUUCACUUGACUCCAGAUAAGCAUGUAGCAAAUCCCCCUUAUUUCAAGUACUAUGGCCAUGGACUUGCUCCUUAUAUGAACAGUCAUGACAUGGAUACACAGAACUUUUACAGUCCAUCAAAGCGUUCUCCAAAUGGAAUUCCAGCUUACGAGGAUCUAUUUCAGCAACAAACUCCCAGGAUGCGUCCCCAUCAAUCACCCCAACAAUACUUGCGUCGACCACCUCAUGACCACUUUGCAGGUCAACAUGUAGAUUUCAGUCACAAACCUCUGGUAUCGGAUUCAUAUGGAAGAUCAAAUCACGGACCUGCAUGCCCCUGUUUUCAUUGCUACAACAAAAACUGGCAUAUUCCUUCACAAGCCUCACCCUCUACUUUCAGCAAUAAAAAGUUCCCAAAGGCCUCAACUGAUUUCUAUUCCAAUCAACAUAUCAAUGCAAUGACACAUAGGCCACUGCUUUACCAUCCUCAAGCAAAUCCCCCUGCAUUGAGUCCUCAGGAUCCACAGCUACAUGUAAGAUGGCCAAGUGAUGUUGAAUCAGAUAUGGAUGGCUUUCCCCAGAGUUGUCCUAAGAGGGUGGUGGUAGCCCGUGGAAAUGAACAGCUUUGCCGUUCCAUAGCUGGUGGUGCUCCCUUUAUAAGUUGCUGUAAUUGCUUUGAGUUGCUAAAACUUCCUAGAAAACUUAAAGUGAGGGAGAAGAACCAGCGAAAACUGCGAUGUGGUUCCUGCUCAGCAUUCAUCUUGCUUGAAAUAAAAAACAAGAGGCUUAUUACUUCUGUUCCAGCAGAAAACAAACAAAUGUUGGCCGAGGCUGGCAUUUCCUCACAUGAGGUGUCUAAAGUCUUAUUAAAUUCUGAUGGCUGUUUGAAUGCUGGUGGUACAACUUGCUUUGAUGAUUUUGAAAAUCAUGGGCACGACUUCCAGUCAGCAGAUUUCAAAGAUGUACUAUCAAAAGAACGGAAGCUAAACACAAGCAAAUGUGAAAAAAGGCAGAGCCUUGCUUCAUCAUCUUCUAUUUCUUCAGAGGAAGAGGAGAACCUGGACAGUAUGGUUGUUGAGAGAGAUUUUUCCUAUGCUGCUGAGCUGCCCGUAAAGGAUGAACUGCCUUCAACAUUUCAAGGCUCACCUUUCCAAGAGCAUUCUGGCGAUGUCUUAUCUAGUCAUGCAGAAAACAAAUGUGAGCAAGUAAACAGAGUUGGAUGGACAGAGCAGGAGGAUGUUAUACUUGAAAACAACAUUUCUCAGCAGAGCUCUGUGAAUGUCUCAGUGGCAACUGAAAUGGAGGUUUCUUUCAAUGAGUAUCUAAACACCAGUGUAUCUCAAGACUCUGCGGAGGUAAGUAAUGAAGAAAAUCAGUUGAAGAUCAACAAGGGGAGUGGACCAUUCUUUCUGGGUCUCGUUAAAAAGAGCUUCAGGGAUUUCUCAAGAUCUAAUCAACACCUGCCUAAUGAGAAAAUUAAUGUUAUAAUUAAUGGUAAGCCCAUUCCGGAUUGUAUGGUCAAAAGGGCUGAAAAGCUCGCUGGGCCAAUUCAGCCUGGAGAUUACUGGUAUGAUGUUCGAGCUGGAUUCUGGGGUGUGACAGGAGGACCUUGCCUUGGCAUUAUUCCUCCUUUCAUUGAAGAAUUUAAUUAUCCCAUGCCAGAAAAUUGCUCUUCUGGAAACACUAGUGUCUUUAUUAAUGGGAGAGAGCUGCAUCAGAAAGAUCUUGACCUGCUUUCCAGUAGAAGACUACCAACCGAGAGAGAGAAGUCCUACAUCGUUGAAAUUUCUGGGAGAGUUUUUGACCAGGACACUGGCAAAGAGCUUGAUGGCCUAGGCAGACUUGCCCCCACAGUUGAGAAGACCAAGCGUGGCUUUGGCAUGAAGGUUCCCAGAAAUCUUUGUGAUUAAGGUCCUUGAUCAGUUGUGGAUUCUGAGGUCAUCAACCCUGUAUUAUUUGCCUUUGUCUUGUUGAGUUCCUAAUUAGGUGUCUAGUCCUUGCAAUGGAUGCAAUGUCAAAUCCAUCUACAUGUUUACACGGAACUGCAUAGCAUUCAUCUAAUCUUCUUGUGCAUCGUGGUUUAUAACGUUGGACGCCUCUCUGUCGACAAGCCGAUUAGUUAUUGUCAAUGGUCAGCAGCGCCACAGUUGUUCCGAAAAGCCUGCAGGUUUCAAUGAUCAUUAAAUGAAGAGUUCCGGUCAAAAGUUAACGU